CGGGUGGGAAUACAACGACGUCCGCAAAGAACACAUCCACAAGCGCUGGACCAUCUGCCCCCGGGGAGGGACGACCUGUACAGCAACCUACUCCUCAAUAUAUGCACGCAAAGGGAGCACAAUGGUUUUUUGACUUCCUUGUUCAGGGGGACCUUUUUGGGCCAACUGUUUUUAUGCGACCCACUUGCGUUACAAACGCUGGGGGAGCGGUCAACGUUGUUCCUCUCAGUACUGUUGUCUCGUGCGCGAAGACUCCUGGAGGUUUGCUCAAGCUGCACACUAAUGGCAUGUACGACGAGUGCAGACUGCCUAUCAGAGGUGKUAAAGGUGUGCUGGUGACCAUCAAGAGUUUUGCGGGGUACGGCUCGAACAUGCCGUUGUGCUCUCACUUCAAAGGCCUUUACGAUGGCGGCAGUAAGCGUCUUCCAUCGCUAGAGCAAUAUCUCGAUCUCGCGCUGAAGGUGUCGAAAGAACGUCCGGUUCUUCCACCAGAGCAUGUUUUCCGGCUUCUGCCACCCCGUGAGGGGUCGUCCGGCUUGGCUCAAGAAACUCCAGGUACGGCAGUGGGGCGCGGGAGUCCGAUUCAAGACGCUGGGGGUCAGGUCAAGGGACGCAGCGUUCACACGCAGGUCGUCCCGGAUGCUCUUAGGAACACGUCGGACUUGCAUUCUCUAGGUACAGGGACUCAACGGGUCGGUACUUCGAAACUUAUCAAAGUCCGCUGCGGCGCCGACACGUAUUCGCUUCGAGAUGAGACGAGAAGAGAUUCAAGCAGAUCGGGGCUAGAUGUUGGAGGGAAUGAGGCUGAAGGGAUGGGCGUUGUCCGCAAAAGCUCUGGCGGGGAGCAGACUCCUUCGGAGAAGAAGAGCGAGCGACAGAGGAUGGUGCGAGAGGAGGUGGCGGAAGGAACCCUCCGCAUGAAGAGGAUGAGAGGAAAACCGGAGGCGGUGAUGGGCGGGGAUGGAGGUGGCGACGGAGAACGUGCCUUGGGAAAGAGGCCGACGAAGGAAGAGGGUGGGACGACAAGUAAGAACGCGAGGAGGCCCGGCGGUUUGACCAUCCGCGAAGGACAAGCCGCGGGUGGAGGAGAUUCGGCUGAUCCAGGCGCUGCGGCCGCGAGAGAACCUUCGGGGAAAUCGAAACGGAAAGUGACAGUUGAAGAAGGCGAUGGCGAGAAGAAAACUCGAAGGCGGAAGACUGUUGAGGCGGCGAGCAGUGGCGAAGGGCCUGUCGGUAAGGAGUACGACGAAGCGGCAGCGUUCUGGCUCGAAUCAAGCGGAACGAUGUCGGUGAAAUCGUGGAGAAGGAGCUCCCUGUCCAACUGCUCAUCGACCCCAGGAAGGGUUCACAAAGAUAUCUUCAAGCCAGAGGACAAGGACAAGUACUACUAUUACCCUCUUAAUGGAGAACACACCGUGGCUACUGUGAAGAAGUUGGAGGGUGAGCCAAUAUUUCAUUUAUGGAAGAUGCACUUGUGGCCAGCGAGAGAAGUGUGGUUCUCCGACCGAGAUUUCGCGGGGUAUAGGCAGUGGAUGCCGCUCGUGACGGUCGGUGACGACGUUUUCCGCAAAGCCAUGAAAUUCUACGCGAAAUGGGCGGAGGAGAAGUUGUUGGGCGGCGACGGCAAGACGCCAUUGUCGAGGCCGGGCAAUUUUAUGCCAGACAAAUCUCCAGGUCUGCAAGAAAUUCCGGAAAUGGGCUCGAAAGGGGCGGCUGGUGAAACGAAGAUGGGGUGGCUGGUCCGGGUCCCGCCGCCUCCGACCAAAAAGAAAACGCAAGUGGACGACAAGUUUUUCGUGGUCGUGAAGGAGCCAGACAUGUUCUGUUGCCAGUGUCUCGCCGAUAUGACCAAUGCCGAGAAACUGUCGAUCCUUGACGACAUUCUCGCGCUAAGGGGAGUGUUCGUGCAAUCCGCACGCGGCCAUCUGAAGUGUCAGCACAAACCAGGAAUUAAAAACAUGGUCACGACGAGGAAAGUGGACCGUGUGAUGCUCCGUAUGUUCCACUACAUCUUGUUCCUUGAAACGAAGAAGGACGAACGUGUUUGGCGCCACGGGAACCUUGUUUUUCAGACCGAGGGGAAGCUUUUGGAAGAGUAUGGGCCGCAGGGCCUCACGAAACAGGUGUGGGUCGAAAUGCGAAAGCAUUUCCAGGGCGCUGUGGAGAACGUGAACACUUGCAAACGUACUCUUCCGCACGAGAAGGAGUCCCUCGACGACGCGAAGAAAUUGUACGAUGAUGACAGGUUCCUUAAAUCUUUCGAAAAGUCUGUCCGUUCCAUCUUGCCACGGACGGAAGAAGAAGUUCGAGACAUGACCAGGGUCAGCGGGGAUGUGAGGCACAUCAAAUGGCCCGACCUCAAUGGAUGACCAGCCUUAUUCCUUUCGCUUUCCCGCCUUCCCAAGCUCACAAUCAUGUCACUGCGAUCCGUGAGGUUGUGCGACAUUA